AUGGCAUACCCAAAUGGAAUCGAUGAACGAUGGACCAAUGCAGGGUGCGGCGCAGAAGCUACAUUGAAGCGCAUCAUGUGCUACCAAGACGCUGUAAGACACUAUGCCGAAGCAGUACAGUCUUACGGUCGUAUAAAAGCCUGGAAUCCGGAUUACCAAGGUUUCAUGGACGCAAUGCACGAUUGCCUGCUAGAUGAGGGCAUUCCUAAGGAGCUACUCGUGCAUCUAGAGCAGGUACUAGUCAGGCUUUGUGACGAGCAGUUCUGGGGAAACAAUGAUGUUGGCAAGGAACCGGUAUCACAAGAGCAAGUCCAGCUGUUUCUUGCACAGUACGCCGAAGCCGACAAGUCCGAGACCAAAGAGGAUGUACCUGCCUGGUCACGACUUCCCCCCGCACGCCCGUUCGAUAUCAGCAUGAUUAAGCAUGUUCAAAGAGAAGAAGAUGAUAACUCGGAUAUAUUGGACGGAAGCAUCCCGUCUGAUGACGAUAUGGUUUCUGACGAGCAACUUGAAGACGACAUGCUUGAAGACGACAUGCUUGAGGACGACUUGCUUGAGGACGACUUGCUUGAGGAAGAUAUUCUUGAGCAUAUCAGACUUCUUGAGCAGGAGAGAAUUCAUCUCGAGUAUCAUCGAAAACGGGAGAGAGAAUUUGCCUUCCAAAAGCACCGAGACCACAUCGCCAAGUGGACAGCCCUGGCUCAAUGGAACAAUGACGAGAUUGCACAAGGCAGAGAGCACCCUGUGGGAGACAUAACCGGUGAAUGGGCUCUCUACUCCGAUGUGCACCUUCAGAUCCAGCUGGAUAAGUGCGAGGACAUGAAAGAGCUGAAUCUCACGCGCGGGAAGCUUUUGAUACGAGAUAUCGUCGGCGGUCUUGGGUAUGAGCUGGUGUUCAAAAUGCCUUACCCUUCCGAAACACCAGGUUUGGAUUUCAACAUACCAAAGAUUAGUGUUCCUUCCACAGUCGCUUCGGGAACGCAUUUCUAUUGCGAUGAGCCGGACACUCCCAAGCAAUACCUUCAAUUCCUGGGCAACGGUUAUCUUGGUCUAAGUAUACCAGCAUAUGUGGUCGGAGGCGAGGGCAACGAGCUCAUCAAUUUCUUUGCUGUCUCACGCACCAAGGACAGGCAUACCCGCGAAAUGGAGUGGGCGAAAGAGGAUGAUCGAUGGGAGUACCAAGGGUCUUACAAAGAGGGCGACUCUGACCCUGAAGAGUUUUUCUGUUCUGCCGAGCAUAUGGGGGAGAAGUGUCCCAUUGAGGACUGCCCGAAGCAUGAUUUGGAAUUGAGGGCGCAGCUUGAGGAGCGAAACCGAAUGGCCUGUAUCGAUCCUGGACCUCGGAGAGUCUACCAGAGCCCGGGUUGGAUAGCUCUUUUCGGCACAAGGACGGGGGUUAUUAGACCGCACGAGACGCCAGGCCACCUAUGUAGGAUUAGCUUGGCUCAACAGACUCAUUGA